AUGUAUAGAAGAGUCCGCUACACAUUCUCGCACGGUCACCUUGUUCACACAUCUCUGAUAGAAGCACUCACAUCAUCCCAUAGCGUCGCUAUACAUCCUCGCACUGCUCAGCUACCUCGCACAUUUCUCGUGGAAACGCAGCCUAAAAGUCUGGUCAUUGAAAAAUUUCUUCUUCCAGAUAUAGUAUUUACAACGGGAAGUCGUGGUGCUGCUAUUAUCUCCGUCGGUGGCUAUAAAUUCCUCAAGCAGAGAACAACAAAUUGCAAGACUAGAUGGUGGUGUGGUACCAACGUGCAUAAAGGUUGCACUGCAGUUUUAUUUACCAUUGGAGACGAGAUAGUAAAGAUAAGGAAUGAACAUAACCAUCCACCGCCUCAGAGACUAUGA